CAAUAAAAGUAAGAAAGAUAACAAACCAAUGAUUCUCCUAAACCUUCGCGUUUCUCAUUCUCAGACGUUUCUUUGCUUUUCCCUUUCUCCAAAGACAAAAACAUAACCGUCAUAACAACCAUCAUUGAAAAAAAUCUCACAGAAAAAACAUCAAUGCCGGAUCCUAAAACUCACACCGACACCGGAGGAGAGCAACCACCAUCACCGCCUCCGCUGUCAAAUGAGGUUGAUCAUCAAAUGGAGGAAGAGAACAAGGAAGGAAAUGCAGAAACCAUUGAGGCUGUGAAGUCUCCCCCUAUCUGUGAGAAGGUUUCAGAAGACAUUGAUCAUUUUCUUCUGCAUGAGAAAGAAGGAGUGUCGUUUGAGAUUCCUGGUUACAUAGAGAAGUUUUUGGAUCAGGUGGAGGAGAAUAUGGUGAAGAAUGAAACUGGAGAACGGAAAGGAAAAUGGGAAGAGAUUAUGGAGAAAGAUAAAUGGUUGCUUGAAUCUGUGCAUCGAAUUUCGAAGCUUAAGAAAAUGUUGAUGAUUCAUGAUGAAAAAGAAACCAUAGAUGAAAGAAGAAAGUCAAUAGCCAAUCGUGUUGGUACAAUUCAACAGAAAGCGAUGGCGUUUUUGGAAGAAGAUUUUCGCGUGUUGAUAGAAUAUUCUAGAAUCCAGACCGAAGUGAAUCCUGAUAUCAAUAUCAAUGAAAAGGUUGAUGCAAAACGAAAACAAGUGGUGUCGGAUCAACAGGACGGGCAAUCAGAUCAUCAGGAUCAACCAGAAGAAUUCGAAACGAAUUUUCCUGGUUAUCCUGAUGAGGCGAUUGUUUGUAUGAGCAAGAUUGUGGGGGAGAUGUUGAUCGGAGGAUAUGAAAGUGAGUGUUGUCAGGUGUACAUUGUGGCGAGAAGGACCGCGUUCGAGGAGAUUCAACAGCAGCUGGGGCUGGAAAGAAUCAGUAUUGAUGAUAUUGUUCAGAAGGUGCAAUGGGAGAUUCUUGCAAGAGACAUGAUUCCGGCAUGGACUAACACGUUCCGUCAGUGUACCAUGCUGUAUUUCCCCGGGGAGAGGAAACUAGCAGAGGCGGUGUUCUCGAGUAACCCGUCUGUUGCAGCAGGUCUGUUCAGCAGCGUCUCUCGCGGAGUUGUGAUUCCGCUUCUCAACUUCGCGGAAGGCGCUGCCAUGACGAAGCGUGCUGGAGAGAAACUGUUUAAAUUGCUUGACAUGUACGAAACUCUUAGAGAUGUGAUACCGAAGUUGGACGGACUCUUCCCAGAAGAGUCCUCAGAAGAGUUGAAGACAGAGAUAAACCUCGCCAAGUCACGUCUUGGCGAGGCAGUUAUCUCUAUUUUCUGUGAUUUAGAAGAUCAAAUUAAGUCAGAAACUGCAAAAAGUCCGGUCCCCGGUGGCGCGGUUCACCCUCUCACACGCUACAUAAUGAACUACCUUAACACAGCCGGUGAUUAUAAAGAAACACUUGAACAAGUUUUUAGGGAUCAUUCAAAGAUCGAAAAAAUCGAUUCACCUGAUUAUGGUCAAAACGAAAACGAUGGUACUAAAGAACCGCAAUCUCCAUUCGCGUCCCAAGUAAUGAGAGUCAUGGAUUUACUCGACACCAGCCUCGACGGGAAAGCAAAAUUGUACCGUGACAUUACAUUAAGAAACUUCUUCAUGAUGAAUAAUGGUAGGUACAUUUUACAAAAGAUCAAAGCUUCAUCUGAACUGAGACAAGUGAUGGGUGAAAUAUGGUGUAGAAAGAAAUCAUCUGAAUUAAGACACUACCACAAGACAUACCUCAGAGAAACAUGGAAUCCAGUCCUAACAGUUCUGAGUCAGGAAGGGUUGAGUGUGAAUGGGAAGGUUCAAAAGCCAGUGCUGAAAGAGAGGUUCAAGAGCUUCAAUACAAUGUUUGAUGAUAUUCAUAGGACACAAAGCUCUUGGGUUGUGAAGGAUGAGCAGCUUCAAUCAGAGCUUCGUGUUUCGGUAUGCGGGGUGGUGAUUCCUGCGUAUAGGGCAUUUGUUGGGAGGUUUACACAGAAUUUAGAUUCUGGAAGGCAGGUAGAGAAGUAUAUAAAGUAUCAACCUGAGGAUAUAGAGACUUACAUUGAUGAGUUAUUUGAUGGAAAGCCUCAUCAUUCUAUUGGAAGAAGGCGAUAAUAACUUCAACUAAUCAACAUUCAGUUACACCUCACCAAUGGUUGUAUAUGAUCCAUACACCAGUACAUAUCAUAUAAUCAGAGUCUUAUGUUUUUGUUUUUGUUUUUUAUAUAUAUGUUACAGUAUGAAUGUGUACACAUUUACAUGUUGAAAUGAUGCUUCAUGGUUCUGUUACUGUUAGAAGAAGUUGGUCUCAUGAAAAUUUCUUAUCGUUAAGCGUUCGGUUUUGUUUGUAAGCAGGAUAUAAUUCACUUUAGUGUUUCUGCCAAGGGCCUCUCUUGAGCCUGUGUAAUUUUUUCAUACUUUUGAUCAAUGUAAUGUAAUUUUUCCCUUGACUCAAGUACUGUUUUUGUUCAUAUCACAAAAAAAAUGUAUCUACUCA